AUGAAAAAAGAAGAUCAAAUACAUCUCUCAUCUUUAUAAAUUUGGAAUGGCAUUGACACUCCUAUUCAUUAGAGCUCUAAUCUUUUUAGUGAAAAGUUUAAAUAAAGUUCAGAAUUUCAAUAUAAUUGUAACCAAUCUUUUUGUUUACAGCAUCCUGAAAAAAAAGUAAGAAACUUUAAUUUAAACUAAGGCUAAAUAUAUUCUAUUAAAUGCUGAAGGACCAAAUGAGAAAUUAUGUACAAAAUGUGCAGUUGUUUUUGCAUAAUAAGGAAAUAAAAUUUAAUUAAUUGAGGAGGGUAUUAGUUAUUUAAUAUCUUAUAGAUAAUGCUAAGAAGAAAUAAACAGACUCAUUUAUAGAUUAAUUACUCCAUACUAAAAGUGAAAUUGAUAAUAUCCAUUCUAAUUUCUUAUGCACUGAGGCAAAUUUAAAAAAAUUUUAUAAUGACUAAUAUACUUAAGUUGUUAAAACAUUCGGAAAUAUUGAAAAAUAAUUAAACUUAGUAAUUGUUCUUUCAUAUUUUUAGUGUAAAUCUGAAUUACUUUUUGCUUUGUCACAAUAACUCUGGUCAGGAAUAUAAAUAACUAAUUAGUUAAAAGUAUAAGCUAAAUAAAUAGAACAUUAAAUAGCAACAUAUAUACAUGAUAUAAAAAAUCAUUAUGAAAAAAUAGUAUAGAUGAGUCCACUUCCAUUUAAUUAAAUUAUGGGUGGAUAUAGUAGCAAACUAUUUAAACUUUAAUAGUGUCUUAAAGAAAUUUAAGAAAAAAAAAUGACUUAUCUUCAUUAUGAAGGUAAAUUGGUUGGUUUUGAUCAAUUUUUGAAAGAUAUAAGCUUUUUAAAUGAAAAAGAUCAACCAUAUAAUUUAAAAAAUCAUGAAAGUACUAGAUCAAGUUCAGAAUAAAAAACAAGUAAAAGUGUAGAAAAAGAAAAAAGGCAUUAAAGUUAACCUAAUAGUAAGGAUGUUAAAUGUUUUGAGAAUUCUGAUAAGAAAACAACAUAAAAUUUUAAAAUUACUGAAUAAUCAAUUGAAGAAUGGAUGGAAAAUUCAAAUACAAAAUAAAGGAAAACUGAACCUACAGAGAAAUUAGCUAGUCCUAAUAUUUUGGCAAUUAAAUUUGUCAAAAAGUAAAUGCCUCCUAAUAGAGCAUCUAUGAAAUAAGAAACAAAUCAAGCUAUGCUUAAUAAAUUAAUUUCUGAAUUUUCUUAAAUCAAGAAAGAUAGAGUUAAAAAAAUGUAAUCGAAAACACCUGAAUUAGGAAAAACUGUAUAAUAGACAAUACCUAAUAAAUUUUCCCCAAAGUUUCUUUAUAAAAAUUAUUAUAAAUGA